UGACGGGAGUGCGGCUCUUCUGAUUGGUGAUGGCCGGAGUAUGGUUCUGAUUGGCGGAGGCCGAAGUGUAGCUCUGAUUGGCAGAGGCCGGAGUCAGGUGCGCGGCUCUGAUUGGCGGAGGCAGAUAUGCGGCUCUGAUUGGCGGAGGCCGGCUGGCUGUAAGAUGGCGGCUUAGUGAGAGUCUGAAGCAGGAGGAUAAACAAAAAGGAGCCCGGGCCUUGAGGGGAGCCGCGCUGAGCCGCACCGCCCUCGCCUCAGGUCACCCGCCCAGCUGUCCGCCCGGUACCUCCAGUGUUAACGCCUGAGGAAUCCAGGGAAACUGUAACCAUGAAUAACUCGUUGGAUAACACUAUGUCAUUUGAGGAAUAUAUUCGAUUGAAAGCACGUACUAUACCCCAACAUCGAAUGAAAGAAUUCCUGGAAUCACUAGCUGCCAAAGGACCAGAGGCACUACAGGAAUUCCAGCAGGCCACCAUGACUGUGUACCAGCAGGGUGGCAACUGUAUCUACACAGACAGCACCGAGGUGGCUGGCUCCCUGCUUGAGCUUGCAUGUCCUGUAACAUCAACUGUACAACAGCAGGAGCAUCAGAUCCAGCAACAGGCACAGCAAAUCCAGGUUCAGGUUCAGGUGCAGCAAUCACCCCAGCACGUCACCACACAACAGCUGUCUCCCCAGCUCCAUCCAUCAUCUGAUCAGAUUCAGGUACAGGUACAGUCACAACCGGUCACUGCCCAACAGCAGCAGUCUUCACAAAUUCAGGCCAUGCAUAGUCCUACCACAGCUCAGCAGCUUCAGGCCACUCAGAUCUCUGUGCAGCACAUUCAGCCUUCCCAGCAAAUGCAAACCUCAGAAAUCUCUGAUGAACACAUUCAGCACCAGCAUAUUCAAGCUCAGCUCGUCUCUGGCCAAACUCAACAAAUUCAGAUUCAAACAGUGAGCUCGCUUUCUCCCACUCAACAACAAGGAUCCCCCCGUGAAGGGGAACGACGGUCCAGUACAUCAAACGUACUCCAGCCAGUCAAAAAGCGCAAGGUGGACAUGCCAAUCACUGUUUCGUACACUAUUACUGGGCAGCCUGUAGCCACAGUGCUAGCUAUUCCACAGGGGCAGCAACAAGGGUAUGUGUCUCUAAGACCUGACCUUUUGACAGUGGACAGCGGUCACCUCUACACAACAGCAGCUGGUACAAUUACCAGCCCUAGUGGGGAAACAUGGGCUAUACCAGUUUAUUCUACACAACCUUGUACUGAUAUUCAGCAGCAAACUGCCACACAUGUGACCAUCCCUCAGGAGGCCUAUAACGUAGUGCAAGUUGGCAGUUCACCUACAGCUGUAACAGCUGUGAAAUUGGAGGAUGAUAAAGAUAAAUUGGUGACCUCUGGAUCUGUGAUGAAGAACUCUCAUGAAGAGGUGGUUCAUACAUUGGCCAAUACCAUCUUUCCAGCACAGUUCAUGAAUGGCAACAUUCAUAUUCCAGUGGCAGUACAAGCAGUGGGAGGUCCAUACCAGACACAGGCACAGUCAAUGCAGCUGUGGGAUCCCCAGCAGCAACAUCAGCCACAACAACAACAACAACAAUUACAGCCCCAGUCAGUGCAGGUGGCUGAGGUGGAAUCUCCACCUCCGCCACCUCCAGAGGUACUUCUCCCAAAUACCUUGAAACCGGAGGAAGGCCUUGGCGUCUGGAAAAGUUGGGCAGAGACCAAGAAUGCGGAGUUUGAGAAGGAGUCUGAAAACAGGCCCGCUCCCAUUGGUAGACGUCAGCCGUUGCGCUUCCAGGAAGAUCUCCUGUCAUCAGCUGUAGCAGAACUGAAUUAUGGGCUGUGUCUUAUGCUAAAAGAAGCACGAAAUCCAGAGGGUGAGGCAUACAGCCCUGACAUGGUGUACUACAUAUGUCUCUGCAUACAAAAGUAUCUAUUUGAAAAUGGCAGGGUGGAUGAUAUAUUUUCAGAUAUCUAUUAUACAAAGUUUACAGAGAGGCUACAGGAGGUGUUGAAAGAUUGGCAACCUCAGGUCAGCUCUCUGGGUUACAUGAUCCCUAGCCACAUCACAGAGGAGAUGUUGUGGGAAUGCAAGCAACUUGGUGCUCAUUCACCUUCCACCCUCCUUACAACUCUCAUGUUCUUCAACACCAAGUACUUCCUGUUGAAGACUGUAGAACAACACAUGAAACUGGCGUUCUCAAAAGUGGUGCGACAAACAAAGAAAAACCCUCUGAAUCCCAAGGAUAAAAGCACAAGUAUUCGCUACCUGAAAGCAUUGGGCUUACACCAAACAGGACAGAAAGUUACAGACGAUAUGUAUGCAGAGCAGUCAGAGAAUCCAGAAAACCCAUUGCGGUGUCCCAUCAAACUCUAUGACUUCUACCUCUUUAAAUGUCCCCAGAGUGUGAAGGGCAGAAAUGACACCUUCUACCUGACGCCUGAGCCUGUGGUGGCCCCAAACAGCCCGAUCUGGUACUCCACCCAACCCAUCAAUAAGGAGCACAUGGAACAAAUGUUGACUCGGAUUCUGACAGUGCGGGAAAUCCAGGAAGCUUUUGCCAUAGCUGCUGCGAACCUGCACUAAACCCUGGAUGUAAACCAAGGAACUAAAUGCACCUUGUGUACUGCGGCAACACAGAUUCAUCUGCCACAGAUUAGUGCAGCUUCAACAGAGUCUUUUGGAAGUUUCAGGAAAAUAUCAUCAGAUGUGUAUCUGCAGAUAAUAUAGUUUAAUCGGGUUUCAAUACCAGAUACAAGGAAUCUGGCAAUUACUUUUCUCAGUGGGCAAUUUGUUUUUUUUUGUUUUGAACCCAUAGCAGCAUUUUGUUGGAUGCAGAAAAUCCUGUCGACAUCUGGAAACCCUGUCAUGAACUCCCGUCGCAAGGAAUGUCAGAACCCUCGGGGAACACCUCAUGUGAUUGGUGUAAGACAGGCUUGUUAUAACAUUUCUACCAAUUGCUGGCUUUGACUGGGCCUCCACUGAAAGGAAUUGGACAUGAAAGGGCGAAUGAGAAACUGAUGAAGGUUUAUAAAAUUAACAAGUUUUUCAGUACUUAAAAAAAAAAAAAUGAUGUUUUUAGACAGUGACUAGAACUGAAGACAUUUCACACAUCUGGCCUUGUGCAGAGGCCUUGACUCCAGGCACAGUGCACAGAGAAAUUAUUGUAAUAUACUCGUGUACCAUUAUAAAGAGACCUUUCUGUUUCUCUGUGUUUCUGUUCUAAUAGUCUGUACAACACAGCAAGUAACUCUUUCAGCCUAGGAUUAUGCAAAGAGAUUUUCAUUGUCGCAAAAUGAAGUACACACAUUGGGGAAGAGGGAGGAGCCAUCUUGUACUUGUUUCCUGUGUACAGUACACUCAUUAGUCAGCUGGCAGUAUACUGUUUGCUAAACUUUUCAAAGUGAAAUGAAGUCACUUGUCAGGUCAAAUAAUUUCCACUACUUUCCAAUCAUCACUUUUAGUCCACUUGAUGCUUCUCUUCAUUACUGCCAUAUUUAGGCUAAGGCACUAUUGAUACCUGAGGAUGCUGUAACAUUAUGACCUGGUAAUUUGGCAUUAAUCCUGGUACUGUAUUUGUUGUGAUACUUAAAUAUCACAGUCAUGGUGUAAAGAUACAGUGACUUUAUUUUGGGAAAAAAAUUGAUUUUAUACUUUUUUUGCUAGAAAGGAGAUGAUUUGUUAUUACUAUAUUGCAAUAUUUCGAGUGUCACAUGAUCCCAAAUUUGCUGUUUCCCAAUUCUGUACAGGGUUGUAAAGUUAAAUUGCGAUCUUUAUCUGCCAAUACUGUGAAACUGAUCUUGUUGAACAUAACUCAAUGUAGGAAACAAACUGUCAUGAUGUUCUUUAGUGGUUUGAACUAAAACAAGGCUUAUCUGAUCUAGUUUUAGGCAUUAGAGUAUUUUGGAAAUACUGAAUGCUAUAUGAUCCACGUUUCAGUUUAUGUUCUGAAAAACACGCUUUAGAUUGAAUGCUUUAAUAUGGAGCUGAAAUCUUGUUUUUCUUAGUUGUUUUGUUCUUGGAAUCACUGCAUGCUCAGAUUCUAGCAGAAGGCGAGUUUGUUUAGUCAAGCAAGGCAACAAUUUAGAUUAUGGUUUUAAUACUUAAAUGUAAGAUUUGGUCAUCUAUAGUAAUACUGUACCUAUCCAGCAACACCUUCUGUCAAUUAGUUUGGGUAUGUGCAUCAGAUUAAGAGCUCUGAGAGGUUAGGGGUAUCCCUGCUGGUUCCCCUUCAAUCUGGCAAUCUGAGUGCCUUCUGAUGCUUCCUGAGCAUCUACAUUACCAGAGUGGAUGGUGAUUGCCAAUCAGGGAGUCAGGAUCUACACAACUAGUGUACUUAUUACCAGGAAACAUGUGCUGUGCUGCAGUGAGGCACAGAGGUCUUACUGGUACCCUGAUUGGAUCUGUGGAACAUAUUUCCAACGUACUGUUCCAUGAGUGUUUCUUUAACCUGCCUCUCUCCUGCCCCCCUCUGCUGACUAAAUUAAUGCUGUUAAUUCACAGCAAUGUAAUUUUCAUUCAUGUUUUGUGAAAAUAAGUCUCUAAAUCAAAUAUAAGGUUUUUUAAGAAAGUGGUGCUUUCAGCUUUAAAAAGAAUUAUGGUUCUGCACAUUGUAUUUUGGAGGAUGAUAGGCUAGCUCAAACUAUUUUUUAAAUUGAGGUUAUUUGAUAAAGGAGCUGCUCUUGUAACAGCAUAUUCCCUGAGCAAUCAGCCCUAACUGGGACAAAGCAAUGGCUAUUUACAUCUGCCUCUCUCUUCUGUAUAAAUGUUUGCAUUGCAGAUUAUUUCCUAUUCUGAAUUUAUUCGGCUUUAUAUGGAAAGUAUAGCUGUUGAGAUUGUGAUGUGUGCGAUAUUAAAAGGGUUGAGUUGAAGUUAGUAACAACA